AUGUCCCAAUCGAAUGGCUCCAGCCGUGGUGGAUUUGCGAAAGCUCCGAGGUUCCUUUGCGCAUCCAAACCCACCCAAUACUGCCUCUUUGGCUUCAAGGUCCACGCCACCAGUGCUGCCCCAGUCAAUCAUUACUUCUUGGAUAUUUAUAGCGUAUCUCAUACCAAUUUGGAACCCGUUGCCACUUCUAGAGCCGGCCGCCAGUCCGCCAUGGACGACUACGACAAUGACCAUGACCACGACUCCAACGCGAGCUCCGACGACCAGGAGCACGACCAGGAGCAGCAAGAUGAUAACGCCACGAUGGAUGAUGGGGAUGACAUGGAGAUAGACGAGGAUGAUGCGUUCAACGAGGAAGACGAGGAUCAAGACGAGGGCGACAAUGACGGAGAUGCGGAUCAAGACGGCGACCAAGAUCAAGAGCAGGACCAAGAUGGCGAACAAGACGGGGAUCAGGACCAAGAUCAGGAUCAGGAACAAGAAGGCGAUGGCGACCAGGAGGAGGAUACCACAACGCGAGUCGACAGACCAUCCCAUUCGAAAUCGAACUCGGUAGACACCCCUCAGACACCGAAAUUCCGACCAAAGGUGCGACCGGAAGCCAUCACCGCGAGGCUGUACGAUAUCGUGCCGACCAUGGCCGCCCCUCAAGCGACGUCAAUAAACGCUAUCGCCAUCACGCCCGACCUGCGAUACUGGUUAACGGGUGGUUCAGACGGGUACAUCCGGAAAUACGACGGCCCAGGCACCAUCAACGGCAAGCAACUGUUGACCGUCGCCCAGCGGCACCCCUUCGUGGACAGCGUCACAAAAGCCGGAAUACUCAUGUCAUAUUGGGAGAAUCUUGAGCCAGCCCCACCGAACCCCAGAGGUGGUGCCAGCGAUGCUGACCGCGUGCUGUCCCCCGUUUACAGUCUGGCAGUCCACCGCGACGCGCUGUGGCUGCUUGCUGGUCUGGAGAGCGGCGGGAUCAAUCUGCACAGCGUGAGACAUGACGAGGGCAAGACCAUACACGUGCUGCAGGAACACAAGAAUGCUGUGUCGGUGUUGCAGCUAGCACCAGACGAGAAGAGUGUGCUGAGUGGGAGCUGGGACAAGAACAUCCUCGAUUGGGACCUGAACACUGGCAAGUCGAUUCGGAAUUUCGGGGGCAGCGGAGGUCAGAUCUCAGCCCUUGAGCCACGGCCCUUGAGUGGUGCACCAGUCCCCCCAGAGGCAGCAGAAGAGUCGUUUCUCAGCGACACGAUGCGGACCAGCACUCGGACCAAUGGCUUCUUCAGCAGCGGUCCCGACUCAGGGAUACCCAAUGGAGGGGCGAUGCCCAACGGCGACAGCAUGGGAGAUGGCGAAGGGUCUGAUCAUGAGUCGCUCUUCGGCAGUCCCGCAGGGUCACUCUUUGGCGAUGGAAACAACAACAUGGGCGCGGACAAUCCAUUUGGCGGAGACAACGACAACGACGGAUACUCGCACGCGAUGCUGGAGCCUUUAGAUGAUGCCCCCCACGCGGACGGCGAUGUCGCCAUGGGAGGAGACACGAUCAUGGGGGACGCCUCCCACGAAACCACAGACCAUCCACCGGCAGACGCUGCGCCGGGUACGACGCAAGACCCAGCACAAGCGCAGUCAGAUCAACCACUCGCUUCCGACGCCGGAAGCAACCAACACAAGCCCCAAGACGCGUCACAAACCGACGCUCAGCGACCGUCAACAGCCCAAACAGACGCCGACUCAAAGCAGCCGUCGAUACACUCACCGACCCUUGUCUUCAACAACCCCCCGCCGGCGCAGUUCGACCCCACACAGACCUCCGACUCGACCUUCUUCUCAGCCUCCCAUGACGGCACCAUCCGAAUCUGGGACCGCCGGGUGCCCGCGCCCCUCGCCCGGAUAGGCACGCGCCCGGGGGUCCCGCCCUGGUGCAUGGGCGCCUGCUGGUCCCCGGACGGCAACACCAUCUACGCGGGGCGGCGCAACGGCACGGUGGAGGAGUUCAACAUCCACAAGGCCACGUCCAACUGGCAGCCCGAGCGGACCCUCAAGUUCCCCGCCGGCAGCGGCGCCGUCUCGGCCGUGCGGACCAUGGUCAACGGGCGCCACCUCGUCUGCGCCAGCCACGACAUCCUCAGGCUGUAUGACCUGCGGGACAACCGCGCGUUCAAGCACGGCGCCGUGCCCUUCCUGAUCAUACCGGGGCCCCCUAGGGCGGGCGUCAUCUCGCAGAUGUAUGUCGACCCCACAUCGCAGUUUAUGCUCACUGCCGCCGGCACGAGGGGCUGGGAGGGGAGCUGCACUGAGGUCUUGAUUGGAGGCGUCAUGGAUAAUCCGGAGGUGAUAUAUGACACACCCGAGCAGAGGCUCGCAAUCCACGGAAAGAAUACGGAGAUAUACCCGUACCUACCAGGCUACAGCCACGCAGAGCUCAUCAGAGACGACGACGAGCGGGUUCACCGUCAAAAAGCAUGUUCUUUUAUUUACACGUGCCCGUAUGUGGGACCUUCAGCAGAGACCUACGACGACUCGGAGCGGCCCGAAACGAUACCCUUCACCCGCGAUGACUUGGAGGCCUUCUACAAAACCGGUCUCGAUUCAGUUCGUGGAUACUGGUCUGUCUACUGGGCGUCCGAAACUAAAGCCCAGGGCGAUGUCAUUUAUCCCGAUAAAUAUCGCAGUGUCAUGACUUUCAGGAGUAUCGAAUUUAUGAUACGACCUAUUGCGGACUUCAGGAACCGCGCUGAUGCAAUCCUAGAACCGCCGAGACUCUAUAUCGGCUGGCUCGACCUCCAGGAGUGUCUGAGGCAGGCCCUAGAACGACCCGGUCCCAUGAGGACUUUCACGGGCCUGGCAUACAUGGAUCAGCGACGCAGAGGCCAGGAGGAUGUGGUAGAGGGGAAGCUGGACAAGUGGAAAUACCGUAGUGCGUUCGAGAAUACCGGAGCAUACCGCGAGAAGGUAAAGGAGGUUGAAGCGCACGCGGCGAGAGAGAGAUACAACCAACAACUCCAGGCGCGAGAUCCAGCGGUGACUCAACCGGAACUUCGCUUCCGACCAUACAUUCCACAAGCCCGGCCGGAGCAGGACCCGAUUCCGGUCCACCGGGAGCGCAGGCCUAGAUCAAGAGGAAAGAGGACCAGCAAGGACAUGAGCGCAAGUCAGGAGCUCGGCCCGAGCAGGAAGCGACGAAAUGUCGAUUCCCAGUCGAGCCGAAGCUCACAGUCAGGGUCCGCGCCGCAGUCACUCACGUCUUCACCAGAGACUGGGUGGCGAACGCCAGUCGCCGGCGCUUGGCAGCAGGCGACUAUGCCUCCACCGCCGAGCCCACAGAAUACACAGUGGAGUGUCGGUUCCCAUUCGGGCCGCAGCUCACAGUCGGGAUUCACGUCGCAGUCAUACACGUCUUCACCGGAGACGAGGCGGCCAACACCAGUCGGCGAUUGGCCACAGACAAGCAUGCCUCCACCGCCGAACCCACAGUAUACACAGCGGAGUGUCAGUUCCCAGUCGAGCCGAAGCUCGCAGUCUGGACAGUCCUUCUCGUAUUCACCGGAGAUGGGGCGGCGAACGCCAGUCGGCACUUGGCAGCGGACGAUGAUGCCUCCAUCGCCGAACCCUCAGUACGCACAGCCGUCCUACCCAGAUCCCGGCUACCAGCCAAACCUCCCGGCCGCAUCGCCGCGCACGGGCCAGCCAUAUGCGUCGGUGCUCAUGCAGCAUGCCCCGGCGCCGGGCUCGGGAUUCGCGCGUGGGCAACCCGGCGGUGCUUCCACCUCUUACUGGCAGCAGGCCUCGCCUGUGCCCGGUUCAUACUCCCCAGGCACCGGGAACUACACGCCCGUCGUCCCAGGCCCGGCACCAGCAAUAAGCCCGUACCAAGGAAUGACACCGGGCACGUGGGGCAGAGGAAGCCACGGGCCAAAUCCCUCAUUCUCUCCGCCAGCCAUGGCGUCCCCGCGGGGCAAUGUGGUCUCGUAUCAAGUCCCUCCAUCCAGGCCGUCGGGUGGACCAGGUUACGCGAUCAGUCCCCCAUUCCCUUCGCCGGCCAUGGCGUCCCCGGGGGGCAAUGUGCUCCAGUCCCAAGCCCCUCCACCCAGCUCGCAACCCGGAUGGUGGGAAGAGGCCGGAAGUUAUAUGCACUCGAACCAGCCGCAGGGAUGGGACCAGUCUGGUUACCAAGGCCAAUAUGGGGGUAGUAGGGGUUCCGGCUAG